GCAACUGAAAACAUAUCUGUAGAAAUGGCAUUCAAGUUUAUGCUUUUGGCGACCCUUCUGGCUGCGGCCAAUGCUGGAGUCAUUGCUCCACACAGCCACGCAUCGUCGCAUCAAUCAAUCCAGCUUCACCAUGCUGCCCCUGUUCAUCAUGUAGCUGCUGUCCAUGCCGCUCCAGUUCACCAUGUGGCCGCCAUUCAUGCUGCUCCAGUCCAUCACACACUCGUGAAGGAAGUCGAGCACCACGCUCCAGCCAACUACGAGUUCUCCUAUUCCGUACAUGAUGAACACACCGGAGAUAUCAAGAGCCAGCACGAGACCCGCCACGGAGAUGAGGUCCAUGGACAAUACAGUCUGAUCGAUUCCGAUGGCCACCACCGCAUUGUGGACUACCAUGCCGAUCAUCACUCCGGAUUCAAUGCUGUUGUCCGUCGUGAGCCAACCAACGUCAAGAUCGCUCAACCAGUGCACAAGGUUAUUGCUCAGCCAGUGCAUAUUGCUACCCACGCUGUGGCUCCAGUUCACCAUGCCACCAUCUCGCACCAUCAUGCUGCUCCAGUUCACCAUGCUACCGUUUCCCACCAUCAUGCUGCUCCAGUUGUUGCUCACGUUUCGCAUCAUCAGCCCAUCGUCCACUCUCACAGCACCCAACAUGUUGCUCCAGUGGCCCAUGCUACCAUUUCGCAUAUCGCACCAGUUGCUCACUACAGCCAUCAUGAUGGACAUCAUUCCAGUGGUCACUACAGUCAUUACUAGAAUGCUACCGAAAGAUUACCUGAAAUUUUAGCUCGUUGAACCUGAUAAAGUAAUGUAGAUGAAAUGUUUUUAGAAUAAAUGUACAAU